GAGGGGGCUCUCCGUUCUCCUCUUCUCUCCUCCUGUAGGGGGGUAAUGGGAAGGGCCGCCCGUGCGAGCGGGGGGCGCGUGAGGGCGCACCUGGAGAAGGUGCACUACGAGUACAUCCCGCAGAUCGAGGAGGCGGCUUGGAGGUGCAAGAACGACGACGACUGCGAGGAGAACGGUGAUUCGACCGGCCGCGGCAAGGGCGGCGUCGUUGCAGUGGCCGUCGCGUGCGUCGGCGUCCUGGUGUUCUGCUGCUGCGCCGCCUGCCUGGCAUUCAUGUACCAGGCGAAGCGGCGGUCGAGCCACGGCGUUGGGAACCCUCCCGAACUCAGUUCCAGCGAUCCGCAUCAAGACGACAACGUCGUCAUCGGCUCCCCCGUUGACGACCGACCCGGGGGCUCUGCGGCCGCUGGUGCUGCCAUGGGGCUCCCCCCGGCUGGGGCGCCGCAGGCCGCGAAAGACCCCGACGCGGAGAACAACAACGCCGGCGUCGUCGCGGUGGGCCACCCAGUGCCCGGCCACUCGCCGGACGCGGAGAAAGCGGCACCGUGAGCGGGGCGAGCGGGCUCAAGGGCGGGCGAGCCUAGGGGGGGGGUUGCGUGCCAGGCCGAGUACACGGCCUCUGCGCAGACGCUGCGCGCCAGGCCCCAUCUCGCAUCAGGCAGCGCUCGACGGAGGAGGCUUCCACCGCUGUGGGCGCCGAGUGCAAGGAUUGAGGUAAUGGGGAUCGUGUUGUCUUGCUAGGAAUGUCGGAGUUCGACUCAGUACAAGUGCGCGUGAAACUGAGCAUUGAAGAAGAGCGAAUAUAUUGGAGUAUGAGUAUGAGUGAACAGACUCUCUGCUGCCAUUCCCGUGGAAGCCAUCGUCGCUGCCUCGCGCUGCUCUUCGUCCUCCUGCCUACCGCCGGCACAUGUUUCUUCACGUAGGCAUCCUCGGCGGGCCACACUUGGGCAAUGACAAGGUCCUGACCUGGCAAGCCGUUGGCGCCGCCGCGUUCAUCAAGUUGCUGCAGUCUCUGCUUGCCGAAGCGCCAUCGAGACGUGCCGUUUGCCAGUCCAGCCCAGCACAGUUUUUGCAGUUGGUUCGGCCGUUCUCGCGCUAUGUAGCGGGUUCGAACAGAUCCGACCAAUGGGCCCGACAUGGGAACAGUUGGACA